AUGUACACAUCCACACGAGUAAACCCGCUAACCAAAAAUAAACCGUUACCCCGGUUAUUUAUUGGACAAACAAAUGGAAGCCCAUUUGAACAGCCCAAAACCCUAAUUUCCAAAGUAUAUAAAAAGAGUGAUAUUAGGGUUUUCGUUCGUCCUCUUAAAGCUUUUAGUUUUCUCUGCCGUCGUCUCUCUCUCUCUCAUUCGCGCGACGCUACACUAUAUCAGCCAUGGCCGCCGUCGCAGAAAUUGACGCUGAGAUGCAGCAACAGCUCACCAACGAGGUCAAGCUUUUCAACCGCUGGACCUAUGACGACGUUGAGGUCACAGAUAUCAGUCUAGUUGACUACAUUGGAGUUCAGGCAGCUAAACAUGCAACCUUUGUCCCCCACACCGCUGGAAGAUACUCUGUGAAG